AUGGCUUCAGCAACGCCCGUAGCAAUGAUGUGGGAAGAGGUCACGUGUCCCAUCUGCUUGGACCCCAUGGUGGAGCCUGUGAGUAUUGAAUGUGGCCACAGCUUCUGCCAAGAAUGCAUCUCUCACUUCGGAGAAGAUGGAGGCAGUGUGUGCCCUGUGUGCCGCCACACAUUUCUCCUCAGGAAUCUCCGACCCAAUGUGCAGCUAGCCAAUAUGAUGGACAACCUCAAACUAAUGAGCCAGAGAAACAAUGAAGGUCCACAGGGACAUUACUGUCGAGUCCAUGGAGAGAUACUUCACCUCUUCUGUGAGAAAGAUGGGCAACUUCUUUGCUGGGUGUGUGCCCAAUCCCGAAAACACCGUGCCCAUCUCAUGGUUCCUAUUGAAGAAGCUGCUCAGGAGUACCAGGAGAAGCUCCAGGUGGUUCUAAGGAAGCUGAGAAGAGAACAGGAAUUGACUGAGAAGUUGGAAAUCAAUGUUGUUGAGAAGAGAGCAAAAUGGAAGAGCAACGUUGAGAUGUGCAAGUCAAGGAUUCACAUGGAGUUCAAGCAGCAGAUAACUUUUCUGGCUGAAGAAGAACAAAGACAAUUACAGAAACUAGAAGAAGAAGAGAGGGCUCAGCUGAGAAUUCUGGGGGAGACUGAGACCCAGUUGUCUCAGCAAAGCCAAGCCCUGCAGGAACUGAUCUCCGAGGUGGAGCGAAGGAGUCGGGACUCUGCACUGGACAUGCUGCAGGAGGUUAAAAGUAUCCUUGAAAGGAGUGAGACCUGGGAACUGAAGAAGCUGGACAUUGUCUGCCCAGACCCAAGGACUAAGUGUUCUGUGCCCGGGCUAAAGACGAUGCUGAGGACGUUCGGAGUGCACAUCAAAUUGGAUCCAGACACGGCAAAUCCAUGCCUCAUCCUUUCUGAGGAUCUGAGACAAGUGAGAUUUGGAGACACCCACCAGAAGUUGCCUGAUAACGAUGAGAGAUUUGAUAGUUAUCCCAUAGUCCUUGGUGCCCAGAGUUUUAGCUCUGGAAAGCUUUACUGGGAGGUCAAUGUGACCGGAAAGGAAGCCUGGGACCUAGGGGUUUGUAGAGACUCUGUGCAAAGGAAGGGACCAUUUUUGCUCAACCCUGAGAAUGGCUUCUGGACAAUUUGGCUGUGGAACAAACAAAAAUAUGAGGCUGGGACCUCCCCAAAGACCUCACUUCACCUUGAGGUACCUCCAUGCCAAAUAGGAAUAUUCUUGGACUGUGAUUCUGGCACGGUCUCCUUCUACAACAUCACUGACGGUGGCUCCCUUAUCUACGCUUUCUCUGAAUGUGCCUUUGGUGGUGAGCCCCUGCGGCCCUUCUUUAACCCUGGUUUCAAUGAUCACGGAGGAAACACUGCUCCUCUGACCCUCUGUCCACUGAAGUUGAGAUACUAG